AUGGCCGAGGUAGCUAAGGAUAAAGACGUCGUCGUGAUCAUACACUCUGAUAGAGUGGAUGUAGGCUACGAGGCGUUGAAGGGUGUCCGAAUCAAGAAGCCAUCCAGAUACCACAGUCCGUCGGGCGUGAGUGCAGAGGGUGUGGUGAAAUUAAUCAUCAUCGCUGGAAUGAAUAACUUCAUCACAAUUCCUGACGGCCGCCACCGCCUCUAUUACGAUCUACCUCAACCCGAAGCCGCCGAGCUCGCUCAAACUCUUGCUCAAAAGUGCAUGGUCGAUAACGCUGGCAUCAAAGAUGUUGGACGUGACGAGAAUGACCAUGCGCCGUUCGCGGAUCUGGAGAAGAGUGGUGAGGUCGCUAGAUUGGUCCAAGACAAGAUCGAUAAGGCUUUUGGCGGACGUGUGAAGAGGAUACCGAAGCUUUGA